AUGGAGAGAUGGGCAGAGAAGAACUGCCUGGAGUUCAGCAAGGGCAAAUUCAGGGUCCUGCACCUGUGUUGGAAUAACCCCAGGCACCUGUGCAGGCUGGGGAACAACCUGCUGGAGAGCAGCUCUGUGGAGAUGGACUUGGGAGUCUGGUUGGACAGCAAGCUGUCCCUGAGACAGCAGUUUGUCCUUGUGGCCAAGAAGAUGAAUGAAGAAAAACAAGUGUUUAAAGGAGCAUUCAUUACAGGACUUGAAAAAAUUGUUUUUCAGAUAAUUGCCUUCGAUGAGCUUCGGACAGACUUCAAGAGCCCCAUCGACCAGUGCAACCCAGCCCAUGCAAGGGAGAGGCUGAGGAAUAUUGAGCGGAUUUGCUUCCUCCUGCGAAAGCUGGUGCUGCCGGAGUACUCCAUCCACAGUCUUUUCUGCAUCAUGUUUUUAUGUGCUCAGGAGUGGCUCACGCUGGGGUUAAAUGUUCCUUUGCUUUUUUAUCACUUCUGGAGGUAUUUUCGUUGCCCAGCAGACAGCUCAGAGCUGGCCUAUGAUCCACCUGCAGUCAUGAAUGCAGACACCUUGAGUUACUGCCAGAAAGAGGCCUGGUGUAAGCUGGCCUUCUACCUCCUUUCCUUCUUCUACUAUCUCUACUGCAUGAUCUACACUCUGGUGAGCUCUUAACUGAAAGAUCAUCACUAAGGACUGAAAACAACAAAGGCUGGAGGUGCAAGGACGAGUGAACCAAGGGAUGCAUGAUUAAAACCAGCAAAGAGGAAAACUUUGAACCCCAGCAGUAAAUACGGUACAUGAAAGAGAGAUCCAGCAAAGAGAAGCAGAAUACCAUGGGAGAAUGGCUGAGUUAAUUCUGUUUGUCUCCUGUUUCUCAAUGUCUUGCAGCAAAUGAUUUUCAAAACCCAAGCAAAGAAAAAAAAUUGCAACAACGUGGACCAAAUUAUACAACUAUUCACCUUUCCAGGGAUAAUGCUGCUUGGUUUAAUGGAUUCAUUAAAACUAUAAUGCCUGUAGUCCCUGCUGUCUUCCAGGAAGCAACAUUCCUUUUCUUAAGGACUAAUCUGGACUGAGGAAGCACAGGACAAGAUGAUCUUACAUGGAAAGAAGAGCUGUACAGCAUUCUGAAAACAAGCAGUGAGUGGACUUUGGAUGGAUAUGUGACUGAACUGCAGGGCUGUUCUCAUGACACUAGUCAAACAGGGAUGUCAAGUCUCAUGGAACUGCUUCAGUGGUUUUAGUUUGUUGGGGGUUUUUUUCCCCACCAAAACAACAAUGCCAAAAGAAUUUGCAGUUUCAGUGUUCUGUAUUCUAACUAUAUGCUAUUCCUGCAGGUGAACAUCCAGUAUAUUUCUGUACUUCAUUUGUGAUGCACCAACACCAUUCAGUGAGAUGUAGAAAUACAUUGGGUUUAACCUAAUCAGGCCAAGCACUUAUCAGAAUAGUAUUCCUCUGACUGAAAAACAAACCCAAACCAGGUAACAGCUGCAUAUAUUUAAAGAGGAUUGUAACAUAGCUAUUAUAUUUAUCACAAUGCUGGAUAGCAAAUACUGGACCAGCUAAUUGUGGUCUGUAAUUCUGUUUUGCAGUUUUACUUCUGCUGUAAAAUUUAAGCUGGAACAAAUACACAAAAUGUCUUUGUCUUGUAUGAGGUUCCUAUUGGAAGAUGUUCAGUUUUUUUAUAAUUUAAAAGUUUUAAAAUUUUGUCAUAGAAUUCUCAUAUGAAUUCAUUUAUAUGGGCUGCAUAUCUUUAUACAUAUAUACGUAUAUACAAAUACAUAUCUGCAUAAAUAAUCACAAUCUAUUUACAUUUUAGGUCCAUCUGUUUGCCAGGUCAAAGGCAUCAAGUGUCCAGAACUGCUGCUAAAUAUAUUUCAGUUCUGAUCCAGGUGAACCCAGACUCAUUCCCUCAAAGUCACUGGUGCUGUGGGUAGUAGCAAGGCUGUAAACUUGAGACUAACACCAGAGCCUUCACAGACAAUGCUUAGCUCUUGCAUAAGGUGGGUUUCUACCAGAGAUUGGCCCAGAACAGUGUGGAGAGGCCCAUCUGUCUUGUUCACAGCUGGUCCUGUUAGCAGGAGCUCCCUGGUCACCACCUUUGGUCUGGCUACUGAGAGCCAGCAGACUGAUCAUGUACCAAGCUCUGAGGUGUCUCUAGGCUGGGCACAGCAGCUCAGCUGGAGAGAUGCAGUCUCACCAUGGCUGCUGAGUCUGGCAUGUUCCCUGUGGAGCUGGAGUUACUGGGUGCCUGCAGUGCCAGGACUCACUCUGGUUUGGUCUGUGCAGUAACAAAAUUAAAUCCUGUUAACCAGCAAAGCACAGUGGCUGCAUGAUAACUCUGCUCCUGGAGCAUGCCAGCUCUCAGAUCCUGCCUGGGCAUUGCUUGGAAUGGGGCUAGCUAGGCCUGUGCAAGCAUUAUUAUACUGGGAUCAUUCUAACAAUAUUUAUAUGAAGUUGUCCCAAGGGCUGACAUUCUUUAAUUUACAGUAGUUUGUUUUUAUUAGAUGCAUUUUGUCUUCAUACAAUGUAGUAUGCCCAGUUCUAGAAGCAUAAGGCUGCCAGAUCAGAUGUUGGGAAGCUGAUUUGGACUCUGAUGGUUCAUAGGUUUGGAUUGCACCCACCACAGAGGUGGCUGAACUGCUCUUGCAAUCACACUGACCCUGCUGGCAAUACAGAAAUGUUCCCUUGGAGUGGGCCUGAGCUGAGGAAUUUCACUGCACCGUUACAGAGCUAUCUGAUGGAGCCCUGCUGCAGAGGAAUAAUUAAUGCACAACCCAUGAAAAGCUGAUUGUUGUCUGUAACUGAAUUUCAUCUCUGCAUCCUGACUAAAUCAUCUAGUUCUACAGCAGUACAGGAACCAGAUUCACAGGAACAAGUCUCAGUGAAUAACUUGUAGAUGUCUUGCUACCUCAUAAAACUUUCAUCUCUGAGCUGGUGACUGAAUCGUUCCAUGCAUCUUCCAGGAUUUCAUAGCAGAUGAAAAGAAAUUACUUCAGGUUCCCUAUAGUCCAAAUACAUGUUUUCAAGUCAGUUUCAUUGAAAGGCUUGGAAUUUUGUGAGGUUGGAUGGGUGAAAGUAUGAUGGCUUCUUGCCUAAAAACACACAGUUUUCAGGUCCUGAGGUUCAGGGAUGAGCUGGACUGGUAGGAGGUCAAUUAUUUGCCUGCAGGGCUGAGUAGAAGCUCUGUGAGUUUUGGUAACUGGCCUUGGGCUGUAACUCUUGACUUUGCACAAAAAGCAGUUGUUUAUUGGGUCUUCUGAAUGUAACCUCAGGGGACUUCAAGGUCUGCAGUGGGUGUGUUUGGUCAUUUGAAAGAGGUUCUCUGUUUCAGGCAACUUCAUCAAUACACUUACCAAGCUCCACUGGAAAGCAGAACACUUCAUUUGGUCCUACUACUGCUUUGAGUGAGUGUUUCCAGGAUUUCACUGCUCUGGUACUUGAAUUUUUUUUUUUUUUUUGCAUUUCCAGAAUAAAUUUAUUCUUAGAUAAUUUAUUCCACUUGGUUUUGAGCCAACAUUAGCCUAAGUACACUUUCUCUCAUGCUGCUUAAGAUUUCAAUAUAUAGAGAAAGAAGUCCUUUUCACCCUCCAUUCUGUUAAAAGUGAGCUGUCUCCUGUCCUCCCAUAGAAAACUCUAUUCUCCAUGUCUUCUUUAAAGGGUUUCUCUGUUGUCUUUCCAGUCAAAUUAAUCUUUCUUAAGAGUGAAUAAUCACAAUUGUUCAGAGUAUUCUGGAGAGUGUCUUACUCUAAUUAGUCCUUGCUGUGAGUGGACAAUGAAAGCUAACAGUCUCAGUUCUUUCCAAUAAUACUUAUUCAAAAAAGUAAUCAUACAGCUCUCCAUAGCAUUUUGUGUCUCUUUGAUGUAAAUCUUAAAGCUGAUGGAAAAACUGAUUAAUAUUAUAUUCCCUUUCAUUGAAUUUAGUCUGCAGAGCCAGGAGUUGGACUUGAUGGUCCUUGUGGGUCCCUUCCAGCUCAGGAGAUUCUGAGAUUCUGCUUUAACCAAAGCCAGGGAAGAAUAGAAAAGAGUACUGUGAUCUUUGGUCACAAGGAAGUGUCCUCCCCAUGUCACACUUUUGAGGGAGAAAUAAUCUGUGCUAUCCUUUUUGUCUCCAGUUCCUCCUUGUUGGUUAGUGGAGGCUGGAGAUUUCCUCUGCAAGCCUGCUUUCUUCCUGUCUCUUUUUCCCAGAAGGCUGGAUGUCAUUAUUUAGGAGCAGAAUUCUCUUCUCUCACAGAAAGAAGAAUCUUCUGGGAUUUACUUAUAAAUCUUCUGAGAUAAAUCCCAGAAGACACAAGAAAACACAUCAUCACCCUUUGCUCCUUCUGGAGCAGAUGUGAAAUGAACAUGUUCUUAAAUGAGUAUUCAUUUUCCUCAGCUCCACUAUCUGUGAAGUGAAAGAGGUGACACUUACCUUGUGAACUCUUCCCAUACAUGUUGUACUCUCUUUUUUUUUCUUUUUCCAGUAACUAUUGAAUCUGCUUAAAAGAAAAAGGUAAGAGGUGGAAAAUAUGGGAGAGGAUGAGACUUGGAUGAGCUGCUUACCAAAGAGGCAUCUACACAGUGUGCUGGCCUUUAGCUGUUCCUGGAAGGGAUGAAAGGCAAGGUCUCCUAUUUAUAGUCAGGUAAUUGCAGUGAUGCUGAAUAAAAUUGUUGCUGCUCUGACUGUUUCAGUUUCAAGCACAGCAAAUCAGUGCUGAUAGCAGAAUGCUUCGCCUACAAAUAAUUAACUGUACUUAAGCUGUCAGAAAUGUUUUUCCAUCUGCUUCCUUGAGCCAUAUUCUUCCUUUUGCACUAAGCCCCUGGAAGAGAAAGAAAAAGUUCUUCAACCUACACCUUACAGAAACUGCUCUGAGGUUGUUAUGAUCUGGCAAUGCUGUUGGGGUCAUGAGUAAUCCUACAUUGUUAGCAAGGGUAUUAGCAAUCUGUUGCUUUCCCUUUCUUCAUUCCAUCUCCACACAGGUAUUUUUGCCAAAAAAAAAAAGAAAAAUCACAGCACAUAAUCCGAAAUCCUUGAAUUUACUGGAGUUAAAUGAUUAUUCAUUGUUUCCAUUUAAUGCCAAUUCUCUCUAUGUGGGGAAUAGGUUUGCACUGGAAAGUCUCUAGGCUUUUGCUGGUAGGAUUCUUUAGAUCUUGAUACCACAUCCAUUAAACUGAAUUAUGUUAAUGGAAAGGGAACCUGCAUUUUUGAUGGAUAAGGGUAAAAUUUCAAUGCUCAUGCUAAGCUACCACAGAAAGUUAUUCCAACUUGGUAAAAAUCUGGGUACAUGGAAGUUGAUGGAAAUCAUGCCUUCUGUUUCAUGUGAGCCCCACUUAACACUGCACAAUUUCUACCAGGACGUUGGUGGGAAUUAAAAAUAGGAAAAAAACCAAACAAAUACAGUAAGUUUAGUUCAUCAAGAAUGUUAUUGGAUGUUAGAUAAAGCUUGAGUUGCUCUAAAUAGAACAGGAGAUGAAAAGGUCAAAAGAAACCAAGAGUUGAGUUUUUUAUUCUUUGGGAAGCAGCAAGUACUAGGCUGCCAUCCAUGCUCCACUGAACUUUACAUUGGUGAUCUCAGUCCAGAUUCCUGCUCUGGUGAAUUUUCCAUCAUCCAUUGCUCAUGAACACAUUGUUCUGAUUUAGUUUUGUUCUGCUCAGUAACACAGUUGCAGGUGGGAAGGAGGGAAAAUUCUCCCAUGAAAUACAAUAUUCCCUUCUUUUCUCCCAGAAAACAUGUGAACAUGCUGUAACAAAAUUCUGAUGAUGUAUUUCAAUUAUACACCUCAACCAAAGAAUGAAGUUCUUUGCUGCAGACAAUAAUCUGAUGCAAUUUAAUAAACCACAGGUCUAGUGGUUUUUUAAUUUUUUAGUGCUUGCACACUUGAAGUAGUUAUUUUAUUACCUCUAAUUGCUGGCCAACUUCCCAUGUAAGAGAAAAUAUGCUUCUGUGGCCCAACUCCAUGAAUUUUAGUGAAGUCAAACUCUCAGUAAAACUCUGAGGAAUGUAAAGUGCUUUUUAAUUUUUUUCCUAAUAAUGAAACCCCAUAUUUGAGUACUGCGUUAUGGCAACAGAAUAAAGUAUUAAAAGCCAAAAUUUCUUGUUUAGUUUAAAUCUCAAAGAGAUGUUGCUCCAUUUUUCUUAAAAAAUUAUCCCUAAUAUCACCAGUCUCCUGACAGACCUGAAGAAAUUUGUCUGUCCCACUGUUCUGACAGUUUCAAUGUUUUUAAACAGAUUUACAGUCACUGAUCAUCAGUGUGAAACGCUGACUGGAAAAAUCAACUUUUACAGAGCACCCCAAGAUUUAUUGGAAACAUUUUAAAUAGCACAGAAGUCAUCCAGUCUUAUGGAAGGGCUCUCACCUGUGCAUAGUAAUGUAAAGCACCAAGCACUUAAUAGUACAAGUAAAACAUAGUACAAGUCUUGUAGAACAAGCAAAGCAGGAUUUCUCUCUGUUUUAUGAGCUCUUGGGAGAUGGCGGCAUUUCUCUCUCUGAGUAGUGCCUGGUACUGCACAGCUGAAAUCAGGAAUUACACAUCUAGGUGGUAUUACAAUCCUAAAUAAUGAAUACUUUUUCUCAUGGGAGGAAACAAUGGAAUUCAGUGGAAUUAAUCAAAAUGCAUUUGUUCCACUGCCACCAAGAUGGGUACCUGACCUGGGCUGGUGCUGUGCCUCAGGGCCUACUGACAAACUGAGGUGUGCUCCAGCCUCUGAAUGCAUGUGUGCUGUAAUUUGAUGCUGCCAGAAAGCACUAAAAUGUAAAGAAUAGUGAUCAAAACUGCUCCCCAUGUCAGUAUUUUGCAGUCUUCUAAUUCCUUUUGGCUUUACCCAUUUAUCCUCUUUCUUUACCACCCAUUGGAUCCUGUUUCAUGCAUCUUUCAGUGCUGCAUUUAAAGCAAACCCAAUGCAAGCUCAGACUAAAAAACAGUGGCACUGGUUCUAAUCCAAAUCCUUCAUCUGCUUGUGGAUAUUUAUUUGCAAAUAAAAUUAUUCCAGUUUGGUUGUAACUAGGUACAAAUGGAAAUUAGCUAUUUUGAUAGACUCCCUUUCAUCCUGGAAAAUUAAUAAAGCCUCAUUCCUACAGGAGUUUGAUGUUUAAAUGUGCAAUAGCACAAAUUUGUUAUUAGCCUAGAUCAGCAGCACAGAAGUUGUCUCAAUCUGGCAAAGGAUGAUAAAUUUUUGUAGGCUGCAGAGCAGCAGAGCUGUGUUCACAGGAGGACCAUGUCCCAUUUACAGGCACUGGUGUCACCUGCCAUGCUGUGGAGUUGUGCAGGUUGCUGGGGGCAUUUGGCCUGUUUUAACCCCUUCUUUGAUCCACUGCAGAUUCUAUCACCCUUGAAUUUUGCCACCUAACAUUUUGGUUCUAGAUCCUCAAAUUCAGCCCUGAAGCAGGCUUUUUAAAAUACAUGUUUAUAUUGUCUAAGACAUUGCAUGAGAUGAACUCUAAAGGAAUAUAAAGUGGGUUUUAUAUCCCCUUUAUUGUCUGCUUAUAGGCUUUUAAAUACUUUAGUAUUUAAUUACGUGCUCCUUUAUAUGCACAUACCCACACAGGCCAUCUAAAAACUGAAUAAAUUCUUGUCUGUUAAUAUAAUGAACAAAGGAAGUGCUCUUCUGUUAUCUUUGUGUUUUACCUGCCACAAAAAGCAGGUCCAAACAGUGGCAUCACUUAUGGGGUUAUACUGACCAAGAAAAGGAAACUGUAUUUCUAACAUGUUAAUUUAGAACACGUUUUUGACAAGUGCUGCUGGCAGGUUCAGAGUUGCUGCUGUGGGGUCAUUGUAAGCCAUGCCACCUCAGGUCAUCUGAGAGCCUUUUCUCAAGGGAUGUCAAAGAUAUUCCCUGAAUGUGCUCCUUCUCUGAUUUUCUGGCCUUGAAAACCUAGAUGCAGUUAGCAAGGUCUGCAGGAGGAAAAAGCUGAUCAGUCCUGCCUGUCACCCAGAGCACUGCCAUGAUCCCAGCAGCAUGCAAUGCUUUGGCUUUGAAUAUCUGAAUAUCUGGGGAGGAAUCUGUUGUAUUUCCUAGCAUGUGUUUGCCUGAUGAGAGCAGCCAGUGCCCCUUUAUGUUAAUUAUUAAACAAGAUUGUUAAGUUGUAUUGGAAAAUGUGACUCAUUCUUUCAAAACCUGUUGCCUUUAAGUAGAAGCAGUAUUUAUCCUCCAAAAGCUUCCUGAAGUGCUAGUGGCAGCAGCAGAAUUUUAAUGUACCCUCUCUCAUUCAUCAUUUGAAGUCUACAACAACAAGCAAUGAAUCUUUGAUGAACCUUGUCACGCUUCCUUUGGAUUGUAAUAGCAGUUUUUUAAGCUUCAGAGAAGUUCAGAAGUAAUUUGCUAUGACUGUAUCUACUUUUUUCUAAUCUAUGAGCACUCAGUCCAGCACUGAUACAUCACCAGAUUAGAAAGUCUUGCCCCUGUGUUUCUCAUUAAAUGAAAACCUGUGUACCAUAUAUUACGAGUAUAUUUUCUAGAGAAAUCCCAAUAAAAGCUGCCAGAGCACAGAGAUCCCUUCAAAGAAAAAAAAAAUAUAUAUAUAUAUAUAAUAAGUCUGUUGAUAGUAUCUAGAGACAGUCUCUUAUCCAGGAGCACUGGGAGCAAUUAUGAAUUGAUGAUGCUUCUUUCCAUUGGACUGUAGGACUCUGUUUUCUCUCUGCAGCAUGUUUUGACACCCACGAAACCCACUUCCAUGUAGAGAAGCGUGAUUAUCACACAGAUAAGAGUGCAGAUUUUAUCAGAGAUAAAGAGUGUGUUCUCAAAUGAGGACGUUACUUUUGUCAUUUCUUGUUUUGUCAUGCUGUUUUUGUGCCUUGCUGUGCUAGAGGGUAGAGUCAGAACUACUGAGCACUCAAAGACCUGGAAAUUUGUUUACUGUUGAGACAACCUUUGCAGUCACCAGCAUUGUUGGCUACAAAAAUAACUUGUCCUUUUAAAAGCAGUUUGCCCUGAGACUUUAUGACUUGCAGAAACUCUGGAUAUAGUUUCUCUCCAGAAUUAAGGCACAUCAGCAUGGCUGUUUCAAGCCUUUCAAAAAGACAGAGAAACCAAUCUACAAAAGAUUCCUGGUGCUCUGCAAAGCCCAAAUGGAGCAGAGCUGCUUUGCCACCUCCUUGCCAAUGACUGAGGGCCAUGUGCUCUUGGUCGGACUCCAUCCUGCCUUGCUGAUUCUGGCUGCUGGAAUGGUUCCCAAGGGGGAGCUGCUGGCCAGGCUGAGAUCAGCUCUCUUUCCCUUUUAAAUGAUGGGCUGCUCUGCCAGUUCUGUGUUUCCUCAAUGGUUCAGUUCAGCAAUGCAUCAAAGGGAUAGAGCAACACUGGAGAGGUGCAGCAAAAAUAGACAUGUUGUUUAGUGGGUUUCUGCUGGUUGGUGGUGAGGCUACAGACUCCUUAAAUCCUCUCAGAUCAGGUAGGUAUUUAUCAAUUCUACCCAAAUAUGAAUAUUUCAGUUUCAGUCACUGAUGACUUAAGAUUUUGUGUGCAGAGGUGAAUAUAUCAUGGAAACUUCUUCAUCAGUAGUGGGUGAAAGAGGUGACCAAAUGAUACUGGGAGUGCUAUGUCCUCUUCUAAGCCUGACUUUGAGUCUGCAGUUUCUCCAGAAUAUUCAGAAAACUCUCACAGGUCUGUCUUUGUAAUCUGGCUGUGAGAUUGGCAAGACUGAAGGUGCUGAUGUGUCGCCUUUACAAUAUUCAUUAUUAAUUCUGUGAUGAAUAACAGCAUCUUUUGUUAGUGAGCAAUACCAGGAUUCUGUGUGCUUCUACACCUAUUUUUUUAUGUCUCAUCUCUCUUUCUCUGAUGCUACAGCUGCAUGUAUUUUUAGCUGGGGUGAUAUGAACAACAUUUUAAAAUUCUCUGUGUUAUUCAUUGUUCUACUUCUCAUGCAACUGUGUGUGGUUUUUUUUAUAUUUAAAUUGCAGCUGUCAUACAGGAGUCUUCCCUGAGCUCUCCAACUCUGAUAGCCAAUUGGGCAGAUACCCAGCUGGGCAGAUUGAACCGACAUUGGUCCAGCUGGACCAAUUCCUUACUUGGGUUUGGAAUCCAAAACAGCUACUUUUAAAACUGAAAUACCUUGCAAUCUCUGCUCUGGCCUCUGAUUCUGCAGAAGCAGAAAAGUACACCCCCAAAUGGAAAUAUUGCUCAUCCCAAUUUCUCAAGCCAGGAGAGGCAGAUUUGUAAGAGGGAGAGGAGGGGAGAGAGGGAACACAGAAGUGGAUGAAGAAAAUUAACCUUGGAGGGAAGCAGGACAAUAUGACAAAAACAAAACAUCUGUUCUUCCCAAACAGCCAGUUUUGUUCCUCCAAUCUAUGGAGGCUGCUUUGUUUUAAUAAUCAAUGUUGUGGGUAAGUGGUCAUCUGAACAGGCCCACCAAACCUUCUUUGGGGGUAGGUUUUUUGUGUCAUUUCUGCAAAUGUGAGGAGCAGAUGAGCUAUUGUACUCUUACACAGGCUCAGUGUGUGAUGAUGGCCAAGUGGCGUAAAAUUUCUGUGCUGCUCUUAUUUCGUCCCUGCCAUGGAGAUUAAAAUGCAGUGUCUCCACACCACAUUGUCAGGUUUAUCUAUAGCUUGUAAAAGAAUUUGAAUGCAUCAAGUGUGGCACAUUUCACUAAUAAAAGAAAUCCUUUUCUAAUGAA